GUUCAGUUGGACGCAAACUGCCAUAUUGAGUGAUCUCGUGGAAGGUCCGCCACUUGGUCAGGGGCUGCUGGCACUUCGAGGUUUGACAGUGUUAUGCCACCAGCACCAGAUAUGGACGAAAAGAAGAUCGAUAUGCGUCACAGCAAGCUCAAGGCGGAAGAGGCAGCUCUCCUGGCCGGCGAGUUAAAGAAGCCCUCGUGGCAGUCCAAGAACGAGGGCAUCCACGAGAGGGUCAGCUUCGAGGACUCCAUUUGGGGCUUCGACCUGGCCGGUGGCUCUUUUUAUAAGACGCCUUUGAGAGUUGUUCAUGUAAAGCCGGAUAGUAGAGCGGAAAAAGCCGGCAUCCGCAUCGGUGACAAAAUCAAGCGGAUCAACGACAUCGAUACCUCAACGCUCACUAUCCAGGAGGCGCAUGAGAUCAUAAUCGAAUCCGGAGUUCAUCUCAAGAUCGCUGUCACUGCGCCUGAAGAUGAAGAAGACUCCUACUUCUGCUACCAAGAUCCUACUCUGGAGCAGGGCUACGAUAGCGACGAGGAGCGGAGAAGAGAGGAGGAGAAGGCGCGUAAGCGACGCAUCCACUGCAAAGUUAAUUCGAACUGGAGCCUGCAGUGGCCGUGGGUGAGCAAACGGAGGGUUAUUUGGCACGAGUCCAACUGCUACCUGGUACCCAGCAAGUACGAGGAGAAACAUAGAGACAAAUUUCCUCCAAUACAAAACGGUCCAAAGCAACAAGACGACAUCGUGCUUGAUCCCAUUAAAGGGAAAAAUUCCAACGCCCCUACAACCAACAGUAUUCCCGUCAACGUACCCAACGGAACUGAUAUACAUUCAAAUGGUAUUAAAGAGAACGACACUUUGGUGAAUGAAAUUAUUGAGAAACCUGAAAUGAACGGCAUGCUUCAAAUUCCUGAAGCAGACAACGAAGAUGAAGAAGUUUCUCAAAGCAGUGAAAUGGUAACUUCUAAUAGUGAAGAAUUAGUUUCACAGAACGGUGAACUUUCCAAAAGUGAAGAAUACAAUGACAUUAGUGAAGAGAAAUUAAAUGAAGACACUGAAGGCGUAAUUGACGAGGUCUUGAAUGAAGUUCUUAAAGAAGAUGGAGGAAACACAACAAAUAAUGAAGAAGAUAGUAUAAUAGAUAGUAUUUUAAGUAACAAUGAAGAAUUUGUUACGCAUAAUUCAGAAUCUAUCGAUGAAAGAUAGAUUUUAGUUGCUAUAAAAAUAAUAUUUUACAUUUAUCAUUUCAUUCCUGCCUCAUUUUAUACUACUUCAUUUUGAUAUUGACUCUUUAGAGUUUUGGUCAAGUAAUAUGAAGGUGUUCUUAUAAAAGACCAUUAAAGUUUUCAAGCAGCUUCAUUGCUUUUUAUUAAUAGUUUCAUUGCCGGUAUGAUCAUCAAAAACAGUUUAUGAAAGCAUCAAAUACAGAAAGUACAUUUGAAAUUGCUUGUUGGUUGGGGUAACAAUUGACUCGACCAGACCUGAAGCAAAUCUAGAGGUUUGGGAAUUCAAAGAGUUAUAACAGAAUCCUUUAAAGCGAGAUAUUUGUGUCGCAAAAAAUAUACGAUACACCUAAGGAUAUUGUCCAAAGAACGUGCUAAAAAAGGGUAAAAUAAAAGUCCAAAAUGAAUUAUUUAAGAAUGAAAUAUCUAACUUUGUACAUAAUUUUAAUGUUGAGAUAUUUCUGUGUAUGUACUACAGAGAACCUGCUAAAUUUUGAUAUUUUACCGAAGCCCUAUUAGUUAAUAAAUUCACAUUUAUCCCAAAAUUUGCAAACUGAUCAAUGACAUCCGCUGCCCCGUCGCAAUAGGGCGCUUGUCGACGUCGGAUCUGUGUCGAUUUUACUCCGUCUGUUCUUGUAUGACCUUGAAGAUGAGUUCCGCAGUCUCUUUCUUACACUGUUAUCGUGCGGAAUAUUACGCUUUAGUAUCAAGAUGUCUGUAUAUACAUUUAAGGGUCGGAAUUGUCCGGAAACAAUACACUAUGCCUAAUAUGCUCAGUUUGUUACAAUACAUAUAGUCUACACGCAGUUCUCAGGUAUACUAUGUUAUUAAAUUGCUUUAACAAUACAGCGAGGACAUUGUGUAUGACACUUUAGUCGAUAACGACGCUCUUAACGUUGUAUUCAUGUGUCAUAUAAACUGUUUGAGUAAUAAUAUUAAAUGUGUACUGUAAAAUACUUCUGUGCUAUCAUUUUUUUGUCAGACCAUUUAUUUUGUGUUAUAUAAAACUGUGUCAUUAUUUUUAUAAUUUCAUCGCCUUUGUAAAUAUAUACUUUUUAAUAACGUACCUUUUUUUAGUAACUCUCUCUCGUU